AUGGUGGCAGCCAGCAGCAUGCAGAAGGCCGGCGUCCUGGCGGGGCUCCUGCCGCUGACUGGCGCCCUGAAGGUCAACUACGGCCCGUCCGAGCAGCUCAACUGCGGCGGUGUGGCGCUGAACUUCGAGGACUUCGUGCAGAAGUACGAGCGCCAGUACUCGCCUGGCUCGGAGGAGUACGCGCAGCGCCAGGCCCUCUUCGAGAGCAGGGUCGACCACAUCACCAGCCACAACUGCGCCGAGGAGCCGUGGAAGGCGCAGGAGGAGCUGCAGAGCCUCCGGGGCUACAAGAAGGCCUACACCGCCUCCGCGGGGCAGGGCGGCGCCCGGGGCCCCGCAGCUCAACGCGGCCCGCCCGGACGACCCGUCCCUGCCCAAGACGUUCUCCUGGGGCCACCUGGACGCCAUCGCCACGCCCACGGACCAGGGCUCGUGCGGCAGCUGCUGGGCCUACGCCUCGACCGCGGCGCUCAACGCGCACGCCGAGAUAAACAACAACACCAACAGGUAUUCCGUCGCUCAGAUCGUCGCCUGCACCCCGAACCCGGAGAAGUGCGGCGGCAGCGGGGGCUGCAAGGGGGCCACGGCCGAGCUCGCCUACGAGUACGCGCUGACGAGCGGCCUCGCGUUGGAGGCCGACUUCCCCGCGAAGCCGCACGGCGCGCAGGCCGCGUGCCCCGCCGCAGCGGCGGCGCCGGCCGCGCUGCAGAGCCGUGGCGUGGCGUCGAAGGCCGUGAUCAUGCCAGACGGGGCCGAGAAGCACGUGCUGCCCGACGAGAUGCGCGGCGGCAGGUCCAUGGGCAUGGUGGGCUGGACCAAGCUGCCCGAGAACAAGGAGCUUCCCAUGGUGCGUGCGCUGGUGGAGUACGGGCCGCUCGCGGUCGCGGUGGCUGCGGGCCACGACUGGAACUGGUAUUACCACGGCAUCCUCACCCCGAAGGGCUGCGACCAGAGGAGCGUCAUCAGCCACGCGGUGGUGCUCUUCGGCUUCGGCACGACCACGACCUCGAAGCACGGGGAGGUGAGGUACUG